AUGGUGGAGAAACAAUCAUUACAACAAGUCGUAACUGCUUUGCAAUUACCAGCAGUAGUAGCAUUUGGAAAUCCUCUGCUGGAUGUUGUUUCUACAAUUCAGGAUGCCAAUUUAUUGGAAAAAUAUAAAUUGGAAGUUGACAGUGAGAUUGAAUUGCCAGAGGAUAUUAUUCAACAAAUCUUAGCUGAUUUGCCUACUGACUGGAAUCAACGAGUUGCUGCUGGAGGAUGUGCACAAAAUACUGCGAGAAUACUCCAAUGGCUUUGUGGAGGUCCGAAAAUUCCUCACGUUGCUGUUAUUUGUGGAGGAAUAGGCAAUGAUUCUCGGGGCGCGACUCUUGAAAAAUUAGUCAAAGCUACUGGAGUUGAAACACGGUACGCUCUGCAUCUUGAUUUACCAACUGGAAUAGCUCUGUCGUUAUCAAGAGACUCUUCAAGAAGUUUGAUCGCUAAUUUAGGCGCUGCUGGUGUUUAUACGCUUGAAGACUUGAAAAAAAGCAAUCUGCCAUGGGAAACUAUAAAAAUAGUUUACAUUGAAGGAUUCUUUUUAACGCACGGUCUUGACGUUGCUAAAGAAGUUGUCAAAUUGACACAGGAUAAAAAUAUUAUUAUUGCUUUUAAUAUUAAUGGCGAGUACAUGGUCCAGGAUCAUCAUGCAGCAAUAUGUGAAAUGGUUGGCCUGGCUAAAAUAGUAUUCGGUAAUGCACGUGAAAUGACAGCACUUGCAAAAGCUUUAAACAUUAAAUUCGACAAUGUAGCAGAUAUUCCGUUCCUCCUAAACAGCUCCAAACGCGUAACUGUUGGUGUAUCUAGUAGUGAGCGCAGUAAAGAUGAUUGGCUGGCUGAUAAUGACAUCUUUGUCAUGACACAAGGUGGUUCUGCUCCAGCUAUUGUAGUCUGGGGACAAGGAAAUUCUGUUCAGGUACAACCAACUAAACCUCCAACUCCAGUAGUUGAUGCAACUGGCGCCGGUGAUGCUCUUGUAGCAGGAUUUUUAGCUGGAGUUCUCUCUCAGUGGGAUCCAAAGUCUUGUUUGGAGUGUGGAUGUAAAACUGCUGGAAUGAUGGUCACAAGACUAGGAGUCACUCUCCCAGAAGUUGUCCCAGAGGAUUUAUUAAAAUAA